GGCUCGCGAAAAUUUCCUGGCCUUCUCCCUUAGAUACAUUUUAAGAGCGUUCCUUUUCCUUCCACAUCCCCAAAUACCCCCUCCAACUUUCCUCCAGGCUUCGGCAGUCGCUAAGCCGCAAGAUUCCAGUAUCUCAUUUGCAGGUUUCUGUCGGUGUUCACUGUGGGAUCUGGUACCCAAAAAAAAACUUAAAUUACGCUGAAUUUAUGAUAUAGAAACCCGUCCAAUUAGUUUGCGUUCAUACACUUAAAUUAUCACAUCCUUGACUUGACCUGAACUUAAUCGAAGUGGUAUAUUCUAUAUGUAUAUAAUGCGACUUUGAUAUGUCCCACUAAAAAAAAUCCACUAUCAUGUUCGUCACGAGCCACCCAAAGGAAUAUGGAUAUUUCAUAAUAGUUAAUACCUCCACGCAUUACUAUUGUUUUUCCUCUUAUACAUAAAACAUCAACAUCACGUUCAUUAUACUUGUCUUAUUUAAAGGAAUAAACUUGAUUUUGUACGGAAAACCCAAUGCCUACGCAAACGUUUCCGCCUUUUAUUUCAAAAUGAACCUUAGUGCUCAAAUAUACGAUAGUAUCUUGCAUGUUUGUCUGAUUAAUUGUGCUCAAACGGAUUUUAUAUCUGUGUGGUCAUUCGACCAGUAGACACCGACACAACAACGUGUGGAGUGUCUUGGCGAAAAUAAUAUUUGCAAAAUCAAGAAAGUGGUUAUUAAGAAUAUUUAGUGACUCAUCGAUGUAUCAUUGGACAUACAUAAAUUUGCAAAUAUGAAGAUAUUAAUAAGCAUAUUUUUUUGUUACUUCUCUUUAGGAGUACACUCACAAUUGAAUGUAAUACCAUUGAACAAUGACGCUGACCCCAACAGCAUUUACUUCGCGGAUAACAUGAGGCCUUUUGUUAGGAGUUCUGGAUUUAAUCAAAAUAUGCAAACCAAUACUAGAGGACCCUUUGAAUCGCAGUUCGAUAUACAAGCAUCCCUACAAACUACGAAAUCCCAAAGAGAACAACAGCCACAGAUAAAUGGUGGAGUACACAGUCCGACUAGAUCACCAACGCAGGACACUCCUUUCAAAUCCUUAUCACCAAUGAUACCUACAACAAGCUCUUUUCAUUCGGGGCCUGCAUCUACAAGCUUUGGUGUUAACGUGUUUAAGCAAAUGGCCACCGAGCAAUCUGGGAAUCUCGCUGCGUCGCCUUUCUCCAUCACGAUUUUACUGGCAAUGCUGCAGCAAGGUGCAGCUGGUAACACCUUAGACGAGAUAACAAGAGCAUUGCAGAUGACUCCAGAGAAAUCAGCAGAGAUUUUUAAGAAAGUCAAUGAAGAAAUACAGAAACGCAAUUCAAGAAACAUUUUAAAAACGGCCAACAACGUGUUCUUAAGCGAAAAUUUCAACUUAAACCCGCAGUUCAAAAGGAUAGCCGUUAACAACUUUGAUAGUGAUUUGACACCGACUUAUUUUGGAAAACCAGCUCUGGCCGCCCAAAAUAUCAACAGCUGGAUUGCUUCCAAGACUAAUGAUAAAAUUGACAAACUUGUUAGCCCCGAUGAUCUCAGUGGAAAUACGCAGAUGGUGAUGGUGAAUGCUGUAUACUUCAAGGGGUUGUGGGAGAUUCCGUUUAGGGAACAAGCCACACAAAAACGCAAUUUCACCUUAAACGGGGGUGAAAAGAAGGUGGCAUCGUUUAUGCAAACACGUCGUUAUUUCAAAGCUGGAACUCACAAGCCUGCCAUGGCGAAAGUGGUUGUUUUACCCUUCGAGUACAACGAAUACUCUCUUAUCGUCGUCUUACCGCUUAAAUCAUCUAAUGUUGACGCACUUCUUUCAUCACUUUCCAUGGAAGAUGUGGCCAGUUUCUUGGAUUUACCACCCAAAGACGUGGCGCUGGAAUUACCUAAGUUUUCUAUCAAAGCCGAUAUUAAUUUGGAACCAGUUUUGAAUAAGAUGGGUGUAUCCAGCAUUUUUACCCAACAAGCGGAACUUUAUAAUCUUGGAUCACAUGGCUCGCUGUCUCCUCAAGUUUCAUCAGCUUUGCACUCAGCUGUUCUAACAAUCGAUGAGAGAGGAGGCUCGGCGGCCGCCGCUACAUCUUUCGCAGCUGUAGCAUUAUCUUAUGAUGAGCCUUCAUUAUAUUUCAGAGCUAACAAGCCUUUCCUGGCUAUAUUAUGGGAUAAUAGAUCAUCUAUUCCGCUGUUUAUGGCAAGAAUAAUGGAUCCUACAAUAUAGAUCUUUGGUAAUUCAUUGUCAAUAACAUUAAUGUAGUAAAAGGCUGGAAAAUGAUAUCGGUUUAUAAUACUAUUAUUCCACGUUUUAAAGAGUCAAUAUAGAGGUACUAUGUGCAAGUCUAUUUGGACAAGUACCACUGCAUUGUCUAUGUUUGCUGCUACCCUGUAAUAUGUGAAUAUUGUUGCGUUCCGGUUCGAAGGAAGUUGUUCGAAUAAUCAAUACAAUCGUUACCGCUAAAAGGACAGGUAAAAGGUAUAAAUAUGACAUAACCUAAAAAUAAAUCCAUAGUUGGGUUAUGUUAUUUUAAUAAAUUAAGAGUCGUAUUAAUAAAUCAAUCUGACCUCUAAGUAAAAUGUCAAGGAUACAUUUAAUGUAUUGAACUAUUUAAUAAACCAAGCUUAAGAUGUCAUUUAAGAGCUUGUUCUUAUCUGAGAUGACGCUACUGCAAAAGUCAGCUGUCAAAAUCCGUUACAUUGUGACUUAGUGUCAUUUGAGGUCAUUAACAUAUAUAUUAUUUAUAGCGGCUUUCUUAAGAUUCCGACUUGCGUAUGACAGCGUCUCAGCUGAUGCACUUAAGAGGUACUAAGUUGCAUAUUAAUACGGUUCUAAGUUAGCGUUUGUGACUAGAAAAACAUUAUGGCUACGGCCCCUGGAUAUUAUGACAGUUAACGUUUAAUGUCAUAGGUUACGAAUGCAGCCCAGUGCCAAAUGUUUUGUUAUUCAAAUAUCAAGGUUGUGUUGCUACAGUUAACAUACAGUUGUGGCGUUUAUCAAGCUAGAGGAUUGCUUAUCUGAGCAUUAAAUUUUACAAAUAAUAUCAAAAAGUUAAAUACCUUUUUUAUACGUCCGAGUGAUGUGUUGAAAACAAACAAAACAGAACAAUAUUUUGUCCUGUUUUGUUUUUUUUGUUACUCGGUUCUAAAUUGAAUGUUGCUGAUGCAUUUAUAGGUGCAUGAAAGAUGAAUUUACGGAUUAGUGCCUUAAUUUUGAUAACUAAGGCGAGGCAUAUGAAUUCUUAGGGCUAGUUUAUGCGCCCGCGAUGUCUAUGUGCAUAAUUUUUUAUAUAAAUAUACAUGUGUCUUUACGUUCCUGUGUGAUUUUUUAUAUUUAAAUAUGUAUAUUAAAUUCAAAAUGUUGUAAAAAAACCAUGACAUUAUGAACUUUGGAAAAAAAAUAUAGACUGAGUACUUGUCCAUGAUGACUUUUAUAUUGUAAAAUCUGUAUGUAAAUAAUUAAAUAUAUACAAUUAUAAAACACUUAAAA